UCAGUUCAGACGCACCGAGCUGCGCCUCUCCGGUUCUGAGAGGGUUAAUUUCACGCAGGCUGCGCCGCUGGAGGAGCCUGAUAGAAACCAGCCUCCACAGCAUCCCGUUUCACACACAAACACACUCCGUUUGGAGGCGAGACAACACCGACUGGUCCGGGUUAGACUCCGGAGCCUACUUGUUGAUUCGCUCCGGGACUGGACCUGUUCCUUCUCAUCAUGUCGGCGCGCGGCUCAUGAUGUCUCCAGCCGCUCCCAGCCGAGCGCGGGACGCACGUUUAGCAAGUUGGAGCGCUCUGACUCCGGAGAUGACGCUGAUUUGGCUCCAGGAGGCGAAACGGAGUACGAGGAAGACGCCGCAAGAAACGAAGGGGGGUCCCUAUGCGGUCAUCAGGAGCGAGUCUUCUUAAUCUGCCGGACUUCCACUGGUUUCUUCUGACUGACUGACUGAAUGAAGAUGAUCAAAACCGGGGCUCGGUCGACCACCACGCUGCCGCCGGAGACCAUAGACAUCAUCCGGACCAAAACCCAGUCCCGCCGGGUGAGGCUGAACGUCGGGGGGCUCCUCCACGAAGUCCUCUGGAGGACGCUGGACCGGCUGCCCCGCACCCGGCUGGGCAAACUGAGGGACUGCAACACCCACGAGUCCAUCAUGGAGAUAUGCGACGACUACAGCCUGGACAGCAACGAGUACUUCUUCGACAGACACCCGGGCGCCUUCACCUCCAUCCUGAACUUCUACCGCACCGGGAAGCUGCACAUGAUGGAGGAGAUGUGCGCCCUGUCCUUCAGCCAGGAGCUGGACUUCUGGGGGAUCGACGAGAUCUACUUGGAGUCCUGCUGCCAGGCCAGGUACCACCAGAAGAAGGAGCAGAUGAACGAGGAGCUGAAGAGGGAGGCUGAGAACAUGAGGGAACGGGAGGGAGAGGAGUUCACCACCACAUGCUGCUCGGAUAAGAGGAGGAAACUCUGGGACCUCCUGGAGAAGCCGAGCUCGUCGUUCGCUGCUAAGAUCCUUGCAAUCAUCUCCAUCCUGUUCAUCGUGCUGUCCACCAUCGCCUUGUCUCUGAACACCCUCCCUGAGCUGCAGGACACGGAUGAGUUCGGUCAGCCCACAGACAACCCAAAGCUGGCGCACGUGGAGGCUGUGUGCAUCGCCUGGUUCACCAUGGAGUACCUACUCCGCUUUCUGUCCUCCCCUAACAAAUGGAAGUUCUUCAAGGGUCCCCUGAACAUCAUCGACCUKUUGGCUAUACUGCCCUACUAUGUCACCAUCUUCCUGACCGAGUCCAACAAGAGUGUGCUGCAGUUUCAGAAUGUCCGACGCGUGGUACAGAUCUUCCGGAUCAUGAGGAUUCUGCGGAUUCUGAAGCUGGCACGUCACUCCACGGGCCUUCAGUCUCUGGGCUUUACACUUAGGAGGAGCUACAACGAGCUAGGCCUGCUCAUCCUCUUCUUGGCGAUGGGGAUCAUGAUUUUCUCAAGUCUGGUUUUCUUUGCCGAGAAGGAUGAAGAGGACACAAAGUUCAAGAGCAUUCCCGCCUCCUUCUGGUGGGCCACCAUAACAAUGACUACUGUAGGUUAUGGAGAUAUUUACCCCAAGACUCUGUUGGGAAAAAUAGUUGGAGGUCUGUGCUGCAUUGCAGGAGUACUGGUCAUAGCCUUACCUAUCCCCAUCAUUGUGAAUAACUUCUCAGAGUUCUACAAAGAGCAAAAGAGGCAAGAGAAAGCCAUCAAACGGCGAGAAGCUCUGGAGAGGGCUAAAAGAAACGGUAGCAUCAUCUCUAUGAACAUUAAAGAUGCAUUUGGUCGCGGUGUGGAGCUCAUGGAUGUGAUGGUGGAAAAAACUGAUGAAAAGAGGGAAAAGGUGCAUGAUAAUCAUGUGUCCCCAAAUAAAGGGACCCCCAAAAUCAAAUCGCCAAUCAACCCCAGCAGCCCCACCAAGACCAUUGAGUCGAACUACCAGGAGAAGUCUAAGCCAUCCGGCAGCCCUCAUCAUCUCAGCGCAGAGAAUCUUGAGGAGAUGUACAACAAAAUGACCAAGGCACAGUCACAACCUAACAUCAACAGCAAGGAAAGGACAUCACACUCCAAAACAGGCAGACAGAAAACUGAAUUUGAGAUGGGAUGCAUCCAUAAUGAAGCCUACUCGGGUACAGCAGAGGUGGUGACAGACAUGAAGAGCAUUUCCAGCAUUGACAGCUUCAUCAGCUGUGCCACAGACUUUCCAGAGAGCUCGCGCUUUUCCCAGAGCCCCGGCUGCAACAAGCCAGGAAAAGUCAGCACCCACCCCAGUCUGGAACCCACUCUGGAAAACGAGCAUGAAGGAUCACACGGCACCACUACACCCAAGCUGAACCCGAACACAGACAACAUGCGUCUUAACAAUCCACUCAAGAGCCGACCAGCUAAGGUCAGAGGUGUCGAGGACUCGGGGAGAGGAGUUCGCUCUGACAGCUCGUCGCUUCAGAGYCCUGUGACGUCCAUGUACACCACGGCCAGCAGCAGGACUCCUAGCAAGAGCCCAGAGAAUUUACUGCCCAACGUCUUCACGUUCCAUGACUCGUCCGUCAAUAAGUUCAUCGACGCCGACACGGACGAGGAGGAGCACUUGCACGACGGUUCAGGAACAAACGCAACUCAAAGACUCUUGGAGAAAGCCAGCCCGAAGUACGGCCACCUCUCCGGCUUUCAACAGGGUCCCAACCACAUGGGAGGCCUCUCUAUGAAGCUGGGGAACAACGCGCUGCCGUCAGAGGKGCGGGGGAACCACGUGUCCCAGGAGCUGCAGCCACUUCAGGGAGACACAAGUCACUCAAACAAUUAAAGAUAUGAACGUGGAAUGAAUCGUAAGGAGAAAAGGAACUGAGAAGAGAUGAAUAUUCCUAAGUUAAACAAAAAAAACUCUGAGAAGAACUGCAGGAGCGUUUGAAGAUACAACACAAACACUAAAUUUGUGGAACUAUAGAAAAGAUCUGUGGUCUGCUGUCAAACUCUCCCAACUAAAUUGAUCAAAGUGUGCUCUCAAAAUGAAAUAAAAGGAGCGCUGUCUGAGAACGUUUUUUACAAUUCAUACUCUUUUAGCCCAGAUUGUAAUCUAAUUAUUAGACUCUAGCUGUAGGAGUUGAGUACAUCCUUUUUAUAAGCAAGAUCCUCCUUUUCUGACAGCCCUGGAUACCACUUUAAAGCCACAGCAGCAAAGACUGUCAAAUCAGUAGUGAAGCGUAAAGGGCAUUGAAACGAGGCACAUUAAGGAGAGCUACCUUACACUGCAGUAUGAAAGAGAAACACACUUCAUUCUCAGCAUUGUAUGAGUACAUACAGUGUAUAUUACAAAGGGAAUGUGUGUAGUUUGCUYACUGUACCUUCCUUCUUCAAAACUGGCCUUAGUUCAUGUUGUCCCACAUUUUCUGUUUUUAUGAGAAAAAGCCUGAGGCUGACAGAUGUGUAUGUGUGUGCAAUAAUUACCUUUCACAUAUAGUGUUAUUUAUCGUUAUGUAGCAAUAGUCCUCUCUCUUAUCUUACGUCUGACCUUUAGCAGAAUCAAGUGUUUGCGUCUGUUUCCAUUCAGUAGCUUCAGGUUGACAUUUUUACUGCACAGAUUACACGAGAAGACACUGUGAGGUCGCAUCCGUCAUCUUCGCUCCUGCUCCCAUGAGAGAGCACCUCAACGUGAUCCUUGUUUAGUGUGAAACUGUGUUACUCCGUUUUYAACCGUUUUGUCUGUUUCCGAAUGUCUGUUUCGGUUUUAUCAAAUCACGAAGCAAUGUUGUCUUCGAAAACUACUUUUUAUUUAAGCGGUUGUAGCAGACUAAAUGAAUUUUGCAUAAACAUCAUAUCUGGACAGGCAGCAGUCAAAAAAAAAAUCCCCGUUUUUCUGUUCAUCCAGAUUGUAGGAGGGGGAUUAUUAUAUAACUGCAACAUCUUCAACCAGGACACACACUAAUUGUACAAAAAAUAAAAAGCUAUUUAUAUUUUUUAAGCUAUUUUCUAAAACAAUGAACUCUUAGACGAACAUGUUGCGCUAAGGUCAUAGUCGUGCAGACUGUAUGUGCUUUGUUACGUUAACGGAGUCGUAUUUAUUAGAUUAUAUUCUACAGUAGAUAUAUUUAUAUACCGUUUGCUACYGUCUCUCCCUCUGGAUGCUUUGUCUUUUUGUGCAAUGUGAAGAACCAAAGAAUUGUUCAUUCUGAUAACAGAUGGUGGUACGUUCUGAUGUUUCAUCUCAAAAUGUUUGAUGGUUUCUUUUCUCGACCACAGAAUCUGGUGUAUUUCAGGGAGCUGUAUCCGCUCAUGUAGGAAUACCCUGGUGUCUAAAUAAUACAGCUUUUGAUGGAGGAUCCAGGGUAGAAAAAAAGAGGAUGAAAACAAAAAAAAAUAGAGGGAACACUGUAUUUUAUAUUUAAGAAUUUCAACUAUUAUCUCUUUUUUUUUCCACUGGAAAGUUGUUCAAACCCAGAAAUCCAAAACAUUAAGCCCAAAAUUCCCAAAAUUAAAACAUKCCCUCCCAUAAUGAGCAGAUAUAAACUUAUGACCUCAUCUGUAAUUGUGUGGAUUCUGCUCAUUUUUAUGCACCUAAAUUUUGACGCCCASUCUGGUGCUCGUUCUCUCCCCAACUUUACAACAUAUCAUGCAUAACAUGUACCAAAGCAACUUUUUGUUUCUUUUUUGCAUGAAUAGAAAUAUUUCAUUAGAUAUAGAUUAGGUUAGAUAUUUCUGUGCCUUUGCUUUUAACAAACGCCUACCCCUGCUGACUGAAUCUGCCCUAAUGGCAUCUAAAGGACUCUUCACACUGUCCCUCUGAUUCAUUUCACAGCUUUUUCCCCCCUUAUGUCUUUCUUGUGCACUUAAAACGCACCAAACAUUUAUAUGAAGAAAAAAAACAACCUCCAGUCCACAAAUACAAACAGGUGCCGACUCACUCAGAGGGAACGGCUACUGUUUCCAUGGUGAUGGCUGGGAUGACUGGAUGGCUCAYGUUUGAUGCGUGCGAGUAGCUUGUUUUGUAGAGACUGACUACUUACAGACUUCCUAUUUGUUUAUUCAUUCAUUCACUCAUUCAUCGCAGCAGACCCCCCCGGCUCUGCAGUGCCGUGAAAUGAUGUUAACAAAACUGGAUCGUGGGAGCUUCUCCAUCAGACCCCUGCAGCCUCACAGAAGCAUCUCAGCAGCUUUACGAGAAAAAAAAAAUACAGAUGAACCUGAAUCUGAGAUGCCUCUGCAGCCAGGAGCACAGAGACCUCAGCUGUCAGCUCCUGGAGGGGAGGAGGGGGUGACGUGAACAACUGACAGAGAGAAUCGAAGUUAUCCGCUCAAUUUGAAGCGACAUGAUCCCUCCUCCCAACUUCUGACCAAAUAACUCUYGUAAGAUUUYAAUUCAUUUAAAUUGGGGUUCUAUUAAAAGUAUCUUACCUGUCGUAGAUAUCUGUUUGAAUGAGCUCAGCUAAYAGAUAAUCUGAGACCAAGAUCAAAGCUGACAUUUUAAAACAAUUCCAAGAUCAAAUAUCUCUUAAAUCUUUAUGCUGCUGUCARUUUUGCAUUUCAGAUAUUUACUAUUAUACGAAAGCAAAAACAGCAGCUGCUACCGGUAGCGCUUUUUUGCUCCGUUGGAUAAUUAAGACAGGAAUAUUAGRAUAUUUUAGUCUGAAUAAACACUUAAUGCAAUGCAGGUAUGAAUUUUAAAAUGGGGUUUGCAUGAGGUGUUGUGAACAUUUGUGGGAUUAUAAGUUUUAAACACCAAUAAUUAGCUUUGAAACUAGCCAGUGUUAGCUUGUCAAUCUGAUCCAAGUCGGACAAGUUCCAAAGCAUGUUUUACUAUAAUAAACUCAAGACGUUUAUAGCCAUUUGUUUAUUUUAUUUUUUACAUCAUCAUAUGAGGUUAUUUUGGAAAGAGUUAUAUUUCUGCCAUUUGAGUUUGCAAAUAUUCAUAAAGUCAUUCAGUAAUGCAAAAUUUGUAGAAAUGAAACAAUUUUUUAAAUAAUUUUUGCAGGAACUACUAUGUAUUUUUUAGGACUAGAGAGUUGUUUCAAGUCAACAGCAAUAUAAUUUGGUCCUGGUUCUGCUCAAAUUAGCCAUUAGGUCGUUAAUAUGGUAAAAAAAUACACUUAGUCCUUUCAAAACUGAGGUUGUUCAAAGAGUUAUCUACAACAGAUAAGGUAUUACUUCUCUUUAACAAGUAUAUUCACUGCGACAAAAAUGGUAAAACUUCUGCAUCUUUUCAGGAAGUGUUCCUCUGCCCAAAAUGUCUACCGUCACACUCCUUAACGACAAAACAAAUAGAGCCACAGUCAGAUUAGUCGCGAGGGCUUUUAUUUAUGGGAACGACUGGCCUUGAGCUCGGUUGUCGUUUCCUGUUUUGUUUUGAUGAGCUGCAGCAUCCUUUAAAGGAUGUGUUCACGUCUUUGAUUCUUCAAAUAUUUCAGUAGAUCCACAAGAAAAAGCCUGAUUCAAGCAGUCUGGUAUGAUGGCGUUACGCUUUCCUAAGGAACAAACUUUAAUAAACAAAACAAAACAAAAAAUCUCCAGCAAAAUCUGAGCUUUCCACAGGCUUACUGGGAACUACAGUCAGUGAUGAGUGGGAGGUUUUGGCUGCCCGGUCCCCAACACUGCAUGGUAAUGAAAUAAAAAUGUCAACCCGACAAAUGGUCGUAUGACUUUCACUGUUAGAGGUGUAAGAGACAGUCAGACAUGCAUUAAAUGACAAGUCUUUGGAAACGAGCCUCUUUUUGGUGACUCUCCUUCAAACAAGCCAUAGUCUGUUUGACCAGAUCCAGCUCUUUGGGCUGGAUGAAUGUUAACAAGGUCCUUAUUGCUUUUUAUGUGUAUAUUUUUGUUUCUGAACUGCACUUUAUAGAUUUGUCCUCAGCAGACAAAAAGCAUAUUUUUAUUCAAAUACAGUUUAGGGAAAAGAAAAGCACAAAUUAGUAAAAUAAUUAAAGUUUCAUCCUUCAAACGAGGCACUCAAGAGAAAAACAAACAUCUAUUUCUGACUCUUCCCCUUCCUUCAGGGAAAUAUUCACUCGUUUGAACUCACACAGCUCUGAGUCUGGGGAAAUGUUUUUUGUUGUUGUUCUUUGUAAAGUUUCAUACUUUGUUUCAGCUGGAUUUGUAGGAUGUUGAGCUUUCCUGUUUUUCCAACACAUGUAGCGCUGUAAAACUUUGACACAGGAUUUGUAAAUAACGUCCCAAAAAAGCUUUAGGAAAAUGUCUAUCAUGCAGUUUUUCCCCCUUUCUUUUACUGACUGAUGCUUAAUAAAAAGAGGAUAACCCAG